ACUGAUAGGUAAUGAAAAACCAAGGAUAGUUACAGGCCGUCCCACCAUUGCAUAAUUUUUCGAUGGCUUUCUAUUUCAUUGGCUUAACUUUGGCCACUCUGUUUGUUUUUAAUACUGCAGGUUUGUCAGAUAAUGGUGAAAUCAAUGGAACUAUAGGCGUUUGUUAUGGAACGGAUGGCAACAAUCUACCAACAGCGGAGGAAGUUAUAGCUCUCUGCAAGCAAUAUGACAUAAUCCAAAGGAUAAGACUCUACGAUCCAGACUUGAAGGCUCUCCAAGCGCUUAGAGACUCCAACAUUGAGGUCAUGCUUGGUAUUCCCAACCCUGAUCUCGAAUCCAUUGCUAAGAGUCAAGACAACGCAAGUACUUGGAUUGCGAACUACGUCGGGAACUACACCAGCAUCAAGUUUAGGUACGUUGCUGUUGGGAACAUGGUGAGGCCUUCAGAUUCAUAUGCCCAAUUUCUAGUCCCGGCGAUGCAGAACAUUCAAAAUGCAAUUUCAGCAGCAGGGCUUGAGAUCAAAGUAUCGACUUCAAUUGACACAAAUGCCAUCGGACCAUAUUACCCUCCAUCAAAUGCUUCCUUUAACUCAGAAUACAAACCAAUUAUCGAACCUGUCAUCCAGUUCUUAGUGAACAAUUCAGCCCCAUUACUUCUUAACUUGAUCCCAUAUUUUGCUUAUAUUGACAACAUCAAUUACUUGACUCUUGAUUUUGCUCUCUUUAAAUCUCAGUCGCAACCUCUCACGGAUGGACCUUUACAAUACAAUAAUUUUUUUGAUGCACUUUUGGAUGCUGUUUAUGCUGCACUUGAAAGGUCUAAUGGGAGUUCUUUAGAGAUUGUCAUAUCGGAGAGUGGAUGGCCUUCAGCUGGUGGAACGGCAGCAACCAUUGAGAAUGCUGAGAAUUACAUCUCCAAUCUUAUACAACAUGUGAAGAGGGGGACACCAAGGAAGCCAGAAAGGCCUAUUGAAACUUAUAUUUAUUCCAUGUUUGAUGAAGAUAACAAAGAGCCAGAACUUCAGAAACACUUCGGACUUUUUCUUCCAAGCAAGCAGCUUAAAUACCAAUUCUUGAAGAAAAGGAAUAAGAAGAAACGAUUGCCAGUGGGGAUAAUUGUUGGAGUGUGUGCUUUGAUUUUUGGAUUAGGUUUCACUCUCUUCGUUUUAUGGAGAAAGAGGAAAGAAAAGGAACAAGAUGUUCUUGCUUUUAAUGUUUCUUUUGGUGAUGAGUUCAGGAAUGGCAUGGGACCUAGGGAGUUCUCUUAUGAUGAAUUGGCUAAAGCAACAAAGAAUUUUGCAGAUGAGGAGAAACUUGGCGAAGGAGGGUUUGGGGCAGUUUACAAAGGUUUCUUAAGGGAUUCUAGUACACAUGUAGCUGUCAAGAGGAUAUCACGGAGAUCCAAACAAGGCAUUAAGGAGUAUGAAUCAGAAGUGAAGAUUAUUAGCUGUUUAAGGCAGAAAAAUUUAGUGAAGCUUAUUGGUUGGUGCCAUGAUAAGGAACUUUUACUAGCUUAUGAGUUCAUGCCUAAUGGUAGCUUGGACUCUCAUCUCUUCAAGGGAAGAAGCUUGUUAUCGUGGAACCUUCGUUACAAAAUUGUGCAAGGCUUAGCAUCAGCUAUCUUGUACCUGCACGAGGAAGGUAACUUUUGUGUGCUCCAUAGAGAUAUUAAAACAAGCAACAUUAUGUUAGAUUCAACUUUCAAUGCUAAGCUUGGGGACUUCGGAUUAGCUAGACUGGUUGACAGCGAAAAAGGGUCACAAACAACUCAGUUGGCAGGAACCAUGGGCUACAUUGCUCCCGAGUGUCAUACCACCGGUAAGGCAAGUAAGGAGUCAGAUGUAUAUAGUUUUGGAGUUGUGGCACUUGAAAUUACAUGUGGCAGAAAAUCUAUAGAGUACAGAUAUGAUGAGGAUGAGAAUCAAGCACCAUUGGUUGUUUGGGUCUGGGAAGCAUAUGGGAAUCAAAUGCUUCUUGAUGUAGUUGACAAAAAACUUGGUAACAAUUUUAAUGAGAAAGAGAUGGAGUGCUUGAUUGUUGUCGGACUCUGGUGCGCACAUCCUAUUCGUAGUAUGAGGCCAUCAAUCAGACAAGCAUUGCAUGUGCUUAAUUUUGAAGCACCACUACCUAGUCUUCCAGCUAGGAUGCCUAUUCCCAAGUAUGAUAUUCCUGGUACUUCUACAAUCAAAACAAGUGAGCCUUAUCUAACAAAUGAUUUAAAUAUGAGCAUUACCAUUCCUCGUUAAAUCAUUGUUUCAAUGUAAAAUUUUAGCUGCACUUGGAAAGUUGUUUAUUGUAUGAAAUAGAAUGUUAUCUGAGUU